GACCAGCGCCAAGUACAUCCAUUGGCCACCCACCCACCCACACACGACCUCCACCCCCACUCCACUCCACGAGUAGCUAGCUAGCCAGCAAGAGAGUCCCAGGGGGCGACCAGCUGCCACUGCUCCUCCCCUAGAGGCACUCAGGCGAGCUAGGCUGCCUGCGGCGGCCUGCCGGUACGCGGGGAGAAGGCCAAGAGGCUCGUGAGGACAAUGCAUGGCAUGUGUUAACAUGUACAACCCGGAGCACCACCAGUCGUCCUUCAUGGCGCCGCGGAUGUCCUUCUCCAGCGACUUCGCGCUGGAGCCGCCGCCCGCGUCGGCGCUGUCGGCGCGCGGGCCCGGGGACGCCGACUUCGAGUUCUCCGUCGGCAGCCGCCCCAUGAUGGCCGCCGACGAGCUCUUCUCAAAGGGCCGCCUCCUGCCGCUCCGGGAGGCCCCGCACGGCCAGCCCGGCCGGCCCACCACGCUGCGCGAGGAGCUGCGCGCCGACGACCGCCACGGCCGCGCGCCCCGCGCGCCCAACAUCCGGUGGAAGGAGCUGCUCGGCUUCAAGAAGGCGAACAAGAAGGCCGCCGACGCCGCAGCCGCCGACGCUGCUGGCGCCGGCACGUCGUCGGCCGAGGCCCAUACGGAUCCAGGAGGCCAAGGCGGCACGAGACAGUGAAGCAGCGAGCUCGCGCUCAUUCAGCAAGCGAAAUGGGGACAUGAUUAGGCGAGUAGUCUGUGAGAUUGGGUGGUGAUUUGAGCUUCCAGCUUUGAUGUCCAUCAUCUGCCCGUUGAGGAUCGAUCGGCAGGCAGCCCAACAUCCACCAGCGCUUCAUUGGAGAAGCAGGCAAACACAAGCUGUAGCUCUGGAGGCCAUGCAUGCGCUCAUGUGCACUUCCUUUUUCUUAAUUUUUGGUGUGGUAAAAGGGGAUUUUUGCUCUUUAGCUAGCUCUUGGGUCUGGUCUGGUCGUCGGCGGGUGGGUGUCAAGGAUGGUUUCGCAUGUCGUAGCAGUAGCGGUCAAAGUAACUCCUCUCUAGUCUCUAGCCUAGAUGUGGCUCUGAAUGUUUUGUAUCGGAAGGGGCCAGUUAAAUGCACUGGUACUAGUAUUUUUUUUCCCCUCUCA